GCGGCGGCAGAGCGGAGACCUCGCCGCGCUCAUGGCGUCGCCCGGGGUGGAAGUGGAGUUACUGGUCAGAGGACAGUCAGAGUUGGGAGAAGUGGCCCCAGAAAUAAAGGCCUCUGAGAGACAAGCAGCUGUGGCCAUUGCAGACCUGGAAUGGAGAGAAAUGGAAGGAGAUGACUGCGAGCUGCAGUAUGGAGAUGGUACGAAUGAGGCUCAGGACAGUGACUUUCCAACAGUGGAGAGGAGCCGACUGCAGGAAAUGCUGUCGCUGUUGGGACUAGAGACGUACCAGGUCCAGAAACUGGGCCUCCAGGACGCCCUGCAGAUCAGCAGUGACAGCAUGAGGAACUGGGCUCCUCAGGCUCCCAAAGAUUUGCCCUGGAAUUUCCUCAGGAAGCUGCAGGCCCUCAGUGCGGAGGCCAGGAACACCACCAUGGUGCUGGACGUGCCCUCGGACGCCCGGCCCGUGGAGAAGGAGAGCCAGAUGGAGGAGGAGGUCAUCUACUGGGACACAGUUGAUGACAUCUCUGCAGACAUCUACUCCUUCUCGGAGCUGCCCACCCCUGACACGCCUGUGAACCCCUUGGACCUCCUCUGUGCUCUGCUGCUUUCCUCCGACGGUUUCCUGCAGCAAGAGAUCGUGCUGAGAAUGUCUCUCUGCCAGUUCGCGCUCCCACUCGUUCUGCCCGACUCGGAGAACCAUUCCCACACUUUCCUGCUGUGGGCCAUGCGGGGCAUCGUGCGGACGUGGUGGGCACAGCCCCUGCGGGGUGCGGGCAGCCUCCGGGAGGACAGUGUGGUGCUGCCCCGGGCCCCUGCCUUUGCCUUUGUGCGCAUGGAGGUCAGCAGCAACUCCAAGUCCCAGCUGCUCAACGCCGUGCUCAGCCCGGGCCACCGGCAGCGGGACUGCUUCUGGCAUCGGGACCUGAGCCUGGGCACCAGCCCUCGGGAGAUCGCAGAUGGGCUGGUGGAGAUCUCCUGGUUCCUGCCCAGUGGCCGGGAGGACCUGGACCUUUUCCCAGAGCCUGUGGCCUUUCUGAACCUCAGAGGUGACAUUGGGUCUCACUGGCUGCAGUUCAAGCUCUUGACAGAAGUGUCCUCGGCCGUGUUCAUCCUGACCGACAACAUCAGUAAGAAGGAGUACAAACUGCUGUCCUCCAUGAAGGGGUCGGCCACCAAGUACUACUUCAUCCUGAGCCCCUACCGGGGGAAACGGAACUCGAACCUGCGGUUCCUGAACAGGCUGACGCCUGUGCUCAGGAUGGACCACUCGCACGUGCUGGUGAAGGUCAGCAGCACGGACGGUGCGCGCUUCGUGCGCAGGGUCCGGUCCAUUGUGGCGAACGUGGCCCGGUCCCCCUGCAGGAGGGUGUCGGUGGAGGACAUGGCCCACGCAGCCCGCAAGCUGGGGCUGAAGGUCGAUGAGGACUGUGAGGAGUGUCAGCGUGCGAAGGACCGGAUGGAGCGGAUUACCAGGGGCAUCAAAGACUCUGAGGCCUACUGCAGGGAAGAACUGAGGCUGCAGGGGGAGCUGUGGAGGAAGGUGGCCCGGGUGGAGAAAGAGCUGUGCCAGGCGCAGUGGGCUGGGGACCCUCCCGACAAGCACCGGGCAGAGCUGAGGCUCCGGCUGCUGGAACUCCGCACACAGCAGAGCAGCCACGACCCUGCCAGGGGCCUGCAGGAGUUUAUCGCCGGCAUUAGCUGCCCCUCUCUGAGCGAGAGGCAGUAUUUCCUGAGGUGGAUGGAGUGGGGGUUGGCCUGGGUGGCCCAGCCAAGACCGAGGCCGCCUCCAGAGACAGUUCUGACCCUGAGACCCAAGCAGUGUGGGGCUGGGGACCUCCGUGAGCUCCGGCCAGAGCCGCUGGGGGUGGAGCACUUCCUGCGGGAGAUGGGGCAGUUCUACGAGGCAGAGAGCUGCCUUGUGGAGGCAGGGACACUGCCCGCUGGCCAGAGGCGCUUUGCCCACUUCCCAGGCUUGGCCUUGGAGCUGCUGGUGAGGGGGCUACCCCUGGAGCUGAUUGACGGGAGCACACGGAGCACCCCCCUGCACUGGAUCACCGGGCUCUUGAAGGAGCUGCAGGUGCGCCUGGAGAGACGAUCACGGCUGGUGGUGCUGUCCGCACUGGGCGUGCCGGGCACGGGGAAGUCCACGCUACUCAACACCAUGUUCGGGCUUCGGUUUGCCACAGGGAGGGGUCGUGGUCCUACAGGGGCCUUCAUGCAGCUUGUUGCCGUGGCUGAGAGCUUCAGCCAGGACCUAGGCUGUGACCACAUCCUGGUGAUAGACUCUGGGGGUUUGAUAGGAGGUACCCUGGCCAUGGCUGGGGAGCGCUUUGAGCUGGAGGCCUCCCUGGCCACUUUGAUUAUGGGGCUGAGCAAUGUCACCGUGGUCAGUUUAGCUGAAACAAGGGACGUCCCACCGGCCAUUGUGCACGCCUUUCUGAGGCUGGAGAAAAUGGGGCACAUGCCCAACUACCAGUUUGUGUACCAGAACGUUCACGACACGCCUCUCCCGGGCCCGAAGCUGUGGGAGAGGAGACCGUUGCUGGAGCAGCCUGCAGAGGGGAGCAGGGCUGCCGCGCAGGUGGACAGGCAGGGUGACGGGCUGCGGACGCUGGCAGCCCUGGCCUUCUGCGACCCCGACAAGCAGCACGUCUGGCAUGUGCCCGGCCUGUGGCACGGGGCGCCUCCCAUGGCCGCUGUGAGCUUGGGGUACAGCGAAGCAGUGUUUGAGCUGAAGAGAUGCCUACUGGAGAACAUCAGGAAUGGCCUGUCCAACCCCAACAGGAGUAUCCAGCAGCUCCUUGAGCUGGUGAGGCUGCUGUGAGGCAGCUUCUCUGAGGCGUCCACCUGGGGCUGCACCAGGCAGGUGCCCUGUCCAUGGCUGAAGGUAGAAAAGCAAAAGAUGGGGCCGGGAGUUUCCCAAGCAGUGUUAAGCUGAGCGAGGCUUUGGGUUGUGUAGCGGCCCCGGGCACACGGCUCCACAGGAGAGGGGUCUGGAAGGGGCACUGGGAAGCAGACAGGCCUUCCAGUGAGCCAGUGUUGGUGGGUCCAUGCUGCCUGUUCAGUGAGUGCCGUGUGGGCAAGUCUAUUUAUUGACCCUCCCCAACCCCACCCUGCUCGCUCUGCCACCCCCAUCCCCUCAGCACCUUGUGGACACCUCCCCACAACGUGGACUUUCGCUUUGUGGCUCAUCUGCUCGAUGUCUGCUGCUCCCCCAGACUGUGAGCACCUUGAGGGCAGGGCAGUGGGUUACCCGACUCUGUCACCAGGGCUGGUGUAGACGCUUUAAUAAAAGUCUGAGACGAAUGAGUUUACAACAGUGACAGGCCAUUCCUCUCUGGGCCGUAAUGUCCUGUUUCCUCCAAGAGGACCAGAGUCUUCUGAGGGAGGGGUGCAUGGUGGACCCCUGAGAGAUGGUCCAUUCUGCGUGGUUCCUGGGAAAUAA